GGCGCCUCCGCGGCAGGGGAGGCGGAUCGCACCGCGUCCGACUGCCCACGCUUACACCCCUUCCCUCGCACGAGUAUGGGGCUGUGCCUGUUCCCCCGCUCCAGCAUGGGGGAGAAGUACAGCAGGCAGGCCUUGGCCGUCGAUGGAGUACUGGGGCCCAUGGACGUGCCCAGCGCCCGGCUGACUCGGUAUAUCGUCCUGCUGUGCUUUGCCAAGGUUUUGAAAGCUGUGGGGCUGCUUGAAUCCUACGAUCUUCUGAAAGUGGUCCACCUUGUGCAUUUUUUCUUUAUAGUGCAGCUGGGAUUAAUCAAGGAGCAGAAGGCAGCAUAGCGGUGGAUCCAGGAAAUAUUCUGAUCAUAGCAGUGUUUUUCCUUCAUAUCUAUGCUCACUAUAAUUUCAGAAACUUCAAUGUAUUUGCUACUUUAAAAUAGAUCAUACUACAAUGGUACUGAUCAUAGGAAACUCAGGAGUGUCCAAAUUUUCUUAAGAAAGGUGUAGAAGACAAGCUUUCUUCCUUAUAAUUUGUAUUCCUGUAGUUCUUGUGAGCUUCAACUGCUAUUGUUCCCUGAUUGAGAAUGAAAGUGUAGAAACUGAUAGCAAGUAUACAGAAACAAUCUUUGCAGACACAAUCCUGCUUGAUGUUUAGCUGAUAUGAUGUGGAAGAGCAUUUCUAUAAUAAACUUGGCAGAGUUGGAACAUUUGGAACCUCAUUUUUUCCUUUUAUUUCCAAAUUGUUUACGUUUCUGGGCUUCUCACUUGCGUGUUGCCAAGCACCAUAGUCUUUUUCCCCAUCGCUUGUAAUCACAGUUUAGAAAGAUGCAUGCUGUUUCUUACCAUUUCUAACAAGAC